AUGGCCCAAGCACGAGAGUCGCGAGGCGUCAAAAAGUCAAACAACCAAACUGGAGAAACUGGAAAACGAAGGACACCAUACGCGUUAGUCGCGUGUGAUGCUUGUCGACGCCGAAAGGGAAAAUGCGAUGGGAGACAGCCGUGCAGAUAUUGUGCCGGUCGGAAGCAGAACUGCAGCUAUAGCACAAGCUUCGACACGGAUGAAUGGCAGGCUCCAUCAACAUCGAACAUCACUGAUCCUGUUCCGGUCAACGACAGACGAGAGAGUGUGCGGAGUGGGCCGGAAAUGGCUUAUCAUACCAACCAAGCGGCUAUCGUUGAUAUGCUUGCAAAUCUCCAAUCACAACUGAACAAUCUUGCGUCUCAAGUCCAAUCCUCAAACCAAGAACAUGCCAAUCCACGACAAACAGCUAUACCUGAGGUCGUUGAACCUCAGAAUGCAGUACCUGCAACUGAUCAAAGUGCUGAAGACAUCAACGACGAUCUUAGCUCGACCGCCCAGUCUUCUCGCACUGCUGCGUCUCAAACCUUCUACGGGCCGACAUGUCCGGAGUACGCCCUGAAUGUCGGGCAGCUAAAAUUACGGCGUAACAGUUAUCAUAGCUUGCCUCUACACCAACGUCAGUUACAACUUGCAAGUAUUCACGAGGAUGACGCUUCCGACGGGGCCGAUGCCAAUGACGGCCAAGAUACACAAUUCUCCCCGUCACCUCAGACCAUUGAAAAAGGAGAUCCAGCCAUGCUGUUGACGUUCCGAUCAAUCAUGGGCUUGCAAGAAGCUAUCAAGCUCCUCUAUAUCUAUCAGGAGGUUGUUGGCGAACUUCACCCUGUUGUUGAUAUCGAUGCUCUUAUCGUCCAGACUCAGUCAUGGUAUGCAGAUGCUGGCGCUGGAGUGUGGGAUGUCAUGGCAGCAAGCACGGGAGCUACUUCUUAUGAGAUGCUGCUGAUAAUUAAUCUCUGCCUGGCUAUUGCCCUCAGUGCAGAUUCAAGACCGAGUAACUCUAACACCGAGAGGCUUCUUGUGGAUAGCUUCCAAGGCGCUGUUAACGGGAAGCUCGCAGCACCUGCUAAUAGCAUCAAGCAUGCUACAAUAGUAUUCUUGAAGGGUUGGUAUGAUUACUUCCAGGAGAUACCGCGCUCGGCUUGGCGAAUGUGCGGCAUUGCAGGCCGCAUGUUGAUGGAGCUUGGGCUACACAACUCAGAAGUCUUCAAGCACACAUUGAGAACCGAGGCACAGCGUACAGAGGCCUGUACUUUGAUAAGUAGUAUUGUGAUUCUUGAUCGACAAUGGAGUUAUGCUACUGGCCUGCCGACGCAUUUCCACGAAACGAGCUUUAGCUCAAUAUCAACUUCUUCUGUCAAGAACCCCUAUUUGAAGGCAAUGCUCUCCUUCGUACUCAUCAGCGACCGUUUCAGCGAACCAAUAUCUAAAGCCGCUAAAGGCGAAGGAUACAAUGAUGAGAGCUCCUUCGAAUUAAUGAGCUUCCAAAUCGAGCAGUGGAGAAAGAAAGCAGUUGGCAACUACUCUAUAGCUCAGUGCCACACAUGGCAAACGGAUCCGUCAACUAGGCCGCCGACAUGGGCGAUAUUACUUAACCUCCGCGCCGAGUCUGUGCGGAGUCAAAUCCUUAAACCCUUUUUCUUUUCAGAGCUGGAUAUUGAAAUCACCAAGAACCACGUCAGACCAGCGACUGAGCGCGUUUACGAUAUAAUCCAUGUGUUACAUACCCUCGAUGUAACUACGGACCUCUAUCGCAAGCAGCACCCCUUUUAUCAGCACAUACUAGCCUGUACGGCAGGAUUAGCCUUUUUGCUUAUGGCAUUCAUCAAACAGAACAGGGACAUCAUGCUGCCAAGCCUCACGCCAGAUCUUGUAGAGUCACUUGGCGGUAGCUUCAGCAUGUGCGUGGCUCUGACGACAAAGUAUACUAGUCGAUCACGUGCGGCACGACGACUUGCAAAGAGAUUGAUCGAAAUGCGUCGAAAUCUCCUGAGCUUGGGGAUUCUUGACCCUACGAGUCCUGGGAGUCACGAAGGGCUUGACAAUGUUACAGAGUCUAUAAAGAGGGCUAGCCUCUCCCAGCAGGUUCCUGAGGGUUUACAGCCGUUCUCGGAGUACUCGCCACCCUUUGAAACGCAGGGUAUAAACAUGAGCUACGGGGUGGCCGGGACUGCUGUCACGGACACGGAAAUGCAGAUGGGGUGGGAGGAUUCGCUUCGUCUGCAAUGGCCUAUCGGUGAUGUGAAUCACAUGUUCUCCGAAAGCAUAUUUUAG